AGGGAUUGAGGUGUUGCACCUUCAGUCGGCACCGGGCAGCGAGUAAGCGAUGUGCUGCCAGUCCGAGUUGACAGUUUGAUUUUCGUUGUGCUGUGUCAAGUGUUCGAACCGGAGGGGAUAUUUGGGCUUAUUUUUGAUCUGAAGACAACGCCAGUGCGAAAGAAUGAGGUACUGGUCGAUUUGUCUCGUGGCAUUUUUCCUGCAGCUAUGCCGAGCCCAGCCGGGAUGCCAGGAGGUGCUUCGGCACUUGGGAUACCCUUGCAGGUGCAGUACCCUCCACGACGGCGAGAUGUCCCUCGAUUGCGACAAGGUGGUCCUCCCGGGCGAUUUUCCCGCACUUCCGUUCCAGGCCGACCUCGUCGCUUUCUCGCAGAGAUCUGCCGGAAACCAGGGGAUACCGACCCAGGCUUUCGUCCAAGCCGGGCUUCCCUUGCGAAAGUUAGACUUCACAGAUAACUCCAUCAGGAGGCUGAACGAAAGAGUUUUCGCCGGGUUGAAAUCGACACUUCAGGAGUUGCGUUUGGGCCAAAACCUCCUCGGUGACUCUUUGAACCCGAUUUUUUCUACGACGGAAUUCCACGGGCUUGGCCAACUCAAGAUACUCGACCUCCGUUACAACCACAUCAAAGCGUUGGAAGAGGGACUUUUGAAAGGUUGCGACAACCUGUUGGAGUUCUGGCUGGACGGAAACAGCCUCACGGAAGUGCCAUCGUCGUCGCUCAACGGCCCCAAAGUCUUGAGGCUUUUGUCCCUCAGAAACAAUAGGAUAAGUAUAAUUAAGGACGGCGCUUUCGUUGCACAACAAAGGAUGGAACGUCUGGAUCUCAGUGGAAAUAGGAUCACCGUCAUCGAAGAAGGAGCGUUUUCGGGGCUGUCCACCCUGCGCCAACUCGAUUUGGCUCAUAACAAGCUCAUCAAGCUAAACAGCGAUGUUUUCAUCGGAGCCGAAAGUGUCCAAGAGCUGGACAUGUCUGAGAACUUUCUUCUCGAGUUCCCGACCAUUUCCCUAAAACAGUUCACAUCUCUGACAUUUUUAAAUCUAUCUUCGAAUCUUAUAGAGAAAUUAGAUAACGCCAACCUAGCUUCAGUUCCUGAUUUAGAACUUCUUGAUCUCAGUAGAAACAAUAUCGGUAACAUCGCGCCUGGCACCUUUCUCGGGCUGCGGCACCUACGACAUUUAGAUUUAAGUGUAAACACUCUCAGGACAGUGGAAGACGAUGCCUUUGAAGGUCUGAACAAACUCGAGACUCUUUCUCUGCAAGAUAACAACAUACUUCUUGUACCUGCAAGUGCUUUGGGUCGACUGCCGAGGCUUACGCGGCUGGAGCUGGAUUUCAACAGAGUCGCAGCUCUCGGAUCCGACAUAUUGCGUGCCGUCGCCGACCGGGUGACUUCUCUCAGCCUCGCCAGGAACGUAGUCCGCGAACUUCCUUCGGACGCGUUCCAGGAUUUCAAAAAGCUCAAGUCCCUCGACCUAAGUGGAAAUCUUCUGCUCUCAAUAGAAAUGAGCUCGUUUACCGGCUUAGAAGAAACGCUGGAGGUCCUGGAUCUUCGCGGAAACAGGCUUUCUUCGCUUCCGAGCAAACCGCUGACCCUUUUGCACCUUCAGAAACUAGAUUUAUCGCAUAACCACGUGACUGAGUUGGCGAGGACUUCGUUUCUCAUGGUACCCGCCCUGCUGAACUUGAACCUCAGCUACAAUCUUCAACUCGGCUCGAUACCCUCGACGAUCUUCCAAUCGCUGACCCACCUGGAGAUGCUGGAUCUGAGCCACACGGCUCUCAAAGUUCUUAGCCCGGAACUUCUUUUGAAAACCACUUCUCUUCGAUGGUUGUCUUUCAGUCACAACUCCUUACAAGAACUGACCGAAUCGGCUUUUCAAAACUUGAAAAAUCUCACAGUCCUGGAUUUGUCGAGGAACCACAUCACUAACAUUCGCCCUGGGUGUUUUGCGUCUCUCAGCUCGCUGAGAAGACUAGACCUGAGUGGGAAUAAAUUAACUUCUUUCAAAGGAGAGUUUUUCGUGACUAGAAGGAGCAAUGGGACACAGUUGGAAGAGCUAAACCUAUCGGACAACGACUUGAGUUACUUAUUCCCUUCAUCUUUUAGGGUGCACCCUCGUUUAAAAAAAAUAUCCGCCUCGAGAAACAGGUUCAGCUUCUUCCCUGCGGAAUUGAUUGUAAGCCUGAACUACCUUCAAGAAGUAGAUCUAGGCGAGAAUAUGCUAAAAAGUUUGGAAGAAUUCGAUUUCGGUCGAUUGCCACGAUUGCAGGUUCUGAAAUUCAACAAAAAUCAGUUGGACUCGAUUAGCGAAACAGCUUUUCAUAACUCAACUCAGCUGCAAAUCAUCGAUUUGUCAGGAAACGCUUUAGAAAGGCUUGGAGAGAGGACGUUCCAAGGGCUCGGAAGACUAAAGCUCUUGGACUUGAAGGACAAUCUCUUGUCCGAACUGCCAGAUUCAAUCUUUGAAAGAUCACGCUUAAGGAUGUUGGAAAAUGUCGAUUUGUCCGGAAACCUUUUUGAGUUGCCCCCGUUGAAGGCGCUGCAAAAGCAGUACUUCUUCUUAAUGUCCGUCAACCUUUCGAAAAAUAAACUUAAAGAAAUCCCUCCCGAUGAUAGCAUAAUGGUCAACAUCAAAAGGUUGGAUUUGUCGUUUAACCCAUUGACACCAGAAUCAAUAUCGAACGUUUUAGGAGAGCCGAAGACCGUUCGAGAAUUGAACCUGGCCGGAACCGGAAUAACACACAUUACAAGACUGGAAACGCCAUUUUUGCACCACCUCAACCUGUCUUUCAACGAAAUUUCUGAUAUUCCUGAAAAAGUAUUCGAAAGGCCGACUUUACUCGAAGUUAUCGACCUUUCUCAUAACAAAAUCGGCGACAUUAGCGGCACACUGUCACAAGUCUGGGGCAAGCUCAAGAAUUUACACACAGUCGACCUCUCUUCGAAUCCGAUUAAAAACAUAAUUCAAGGCGACUUGAACGGCCUCGAAUCACUGAGAAAGCUGAACAUAUCAAAUUUAGAAGAAUGCACAAGAAUCGAAAAAGUGGCGUUUAAGAAUUUGGGCAAUUUGGCCGAACUGGAGGCUUACGGCUAUCCGAGAUUGGGCUACCUGGAUGUGACCGGUCUUCUACACAGUCUUCCGACUCUGGAAGUUUUAGACGUGGAAGUCAAAGACUCUGCAGUAGGGAGCGAGCAGCUGUCUGCUGCGAUGAACCCGAGGUUGGCCAAACUAGGAAUCAGGGGUCGGCGAGUGAGAAGCAUCUCAUCAAGCGCUUUAGCAGGUCUGAAAUCGCCCGAAAUCACUGUAGAACUGCGAGGGACAUCUCUCAACAUCCUUCCACCGGCUCUCUUGAUACCACUCCCACGUUCUUCGAAAGUAAAACUGGACGUUUCCGACAGUUUAUUGAGCACGUUGACGACCCAGUUUUUGACAGCAUUGGACGACAGGAGAGGCGACUUGACGCUAAUCGGGCUAGACAGCAACCCGAUUUCGUGCGACUGCAACGCAAGGGCGCUACGAAGAUCUGGAUUGGGCAGUAAGAUAAUAUGUUCGUCACCGCCUCAUCUGGAAGGCAAAUUGUUGGUAGAAAUCGCUGACGACGAACUGACCUGCGAUCCUCACCGCCCAACGACAAGUACGACCGAACCACCGUCGACGUACAGAACUAGCAGAAUAACCAUGAGGACGACAGAGCCCGACAUCAUCUGGUCAGUCGCUCCACCGACGACCACACACAGAAUGCCGACCAAGACCUUGAUGGGAGCGACAAUGAUAAACAACGACGACACCUUGAUUAUCAGCAUUGUAGGAGGCGUCGUAGCCUUCAUAGCAGUACUAAUUAUAAUUAUAUGCAUUGUGAGGUUGCGUUGGACUGACAAUCCAUACCCCGGAAACCCAAUGGGUCCAGUUCCGCCUAUGAUGCCUCACUGCAACAACCCAGGCUGCCCUUGUCCCAAACUACCACCCAUGCUUCCCAUCGGGACACCGUACGGUCCGACCUACGCCACACUCCCUUCAAAGCGCCAUGCUCCCAACUCAAUCUCUCCACCGCUCCGAGCCUCUUAUUCCACUCUUGGUCGUGCCCAUUAUCCUCCUAAUCAGCCGUUCUAUAUCGCAUAUCCUCCAGGUGAUGAAAAAGAUCACAACGCCAGGUAGAACCAGAAUCCCCUUAACAACGCUGUACAUAGAACAGUGGCAUAUUGAUAAACUUAUGGACAAUUUGUAAAUAUUUUUAGAACGUCGAAGAAACAGGCUUGACUCCAAAUAUAAUUUUAAAACAUCCAAUCGAGCAGAGUACCUUGAUAUAUAUAAAGUACAAAAUGUUCAACACACUACUUAGCUCAUACAUAUGUAACCUAGUUCAACGUAUUCAUGCUCAACUUAUUCAUCGAAUUGUGUUCUUCUUGUGGUAAACAUCUAUUUAUAUAUAUAUUGGAGAUAAGCUACAGACUAAAAUGUUAUGACUGUUAUUUGUUUACAAUGACAAGAACACAUAAAUAUCAAUUGUACAUAACAUUCUUAGUUCUAUUGAAACGCCUAUCAAUAAAUUUAGUUUAAGUUAAUAGUUUUAAAUAGGUUAAGCAUAAUUUUAAUAGGUUUAUCGUUUGAAUUUUUGUCUUUUGUUUUUACAUUUUUUGUAAAUUUGUUUUAUAAGGCUGCACUGAAUAAUAAAAGAAGCCACAUAGAUAUAAUACUGUACACAACACAAUUAAUUUAU